UCAAAACAAAAAUCGUGUGAUGUGUGCCUGUAAAAAAUAAGAUUACAAACAACGUGUUUUACCUCAGUGUAUCUCUCGCAUCCUCGUGCUUCGUGUGCUGUUGUUAUGAAUAGCAGUCCGAUAAAGAAUAUCAUCGAAAACAUUAUUCUUGAUCGCCACCAUCAUUUGAAAGGCGAAAAUUGCACAAAGCAAACAGAAAAACAAAACACCAACCAUCGAAUUCCCAUCAGAAGUGGUCAUAGAAUGAAAUAUCCCAAUUCUUGUUUGCCAACGUUCAAUUCGGCAUCCCACAUUCUUCGUAGGCAUUAGAUACAAACAACAUAAAAACAGAAAUGUUACUGUACAGCAAAAAGAAAACAGGUUCUGCACAAAACUGUUCAAAUUUGUUGCUGUUCGAUUUUUUGUUUCCAUUCCACACGCAUUUACGUCACAAUUGAUCUUUGUUGUACAUGUUUCUUAAUUUUUUUGCAUUAAUAUUCCAUGGAAACGUGAUCGUUUGUUUUUUGCUGGUUUUUUAACUAGCAAAAACUAGUUUCGUCACUAGUUUCAAUGUCAUUAGUAUCAAUGUACCCAUCCUUGGAAUGUCCUUUUGUGUGACGGACCAACCUUCCAUCGGAUGGUUGAAAAACCCCAAGGAUUUUCAGGUAUGCCCCGAUCGGUUAAAUCAAUAUUAUAACGGUUUGUUUUGAUACAACCGCUGUGAUACCCGUUUUAGUUACAGCUGUCUUGCUAAUAUCUGUUUGCCCAAUAUGGUUCCGUGCGUGUUUCAUGCCUGAGAAAUGGUACCAAAUCGUGGGAUUUAAUUUUUAAACGAUAGAUGCGAUGGAUUUGUGUAUUUAACUUUCCAAGAAAUGGCUUUUAAAUUACGUGUCAUUAGAAUCGCUAUUACGUUCGAAUGGCUGUGAAGAUUUCUCACAUUAUUCCACCAUCAUAAUGGAAGUAUAAUAGUAAUUUAAUGGUAUUACUUUAUAUAUCUUUAUUUAAGGUAAACAAUCAUAAAUUAACAUCAAUAUUUGGGGAAAUUUAUAACUCAUACAAUCUCUGGUCUGAUUCCGCUGCCAUUUAGAUAAGCUCUGUUGUUAGCACUCCGAUGAAUGAAUAAAAACUGGGCCACUAUUAUGCAUUUUAAAAAGGGUAAAACUCAGUACAGAAAUAGCAUCAAUUAAGAAUAUGGCCAAACAAGUCGCAGCAAAUAGCGUCCAGUACAAAUAGUACGCUUCCCAUUCACAUUGGUCUCCAUGGGCAGAUAUUGAAGAUACCUUCCGCGAUAUGAUAUCUUUCGGACGUGGAUGGCCAGACGAGAUAUUCUUGCUAUGACUGGCUACCGAAAUAGCUUCCGUUUGAAGAAGAGACACAGCAGAGAUCGUAAAGGCACAAGGGCGUGUGUAAUUGUUUGCUUCCCAGGCUGUAUUGUCUUAUCAGUGUUGUUUGGUCGCCAAAUUUCGUCAUUUCCCACACGACAUCGUGCCCACGAUUAGCAUGUCCAAAAACCGAGCUGUCAGCAGAGCUGAGAUAACAUACGGGUAGCAGCAAUGAGUGUACAGGAGUUAAAGUAGAAAGUUCUACAAUAUCUUCAAUAUGUAAAAAUGUUCCCCAGCGAUGAUAAGAGCUGUCCGGUGCUGCCAUCAAUUUCGCACACAACUUCAACUCCCUCGAUUAUCGAUUUAUCACGAUCGUUGGAAGCUGCAUGGGUAAGAUCUGAUCAUUGGAAAAAAAACAAAAUUAGGACUUUAUCUGCGCAAGACAUUAGUUUAGAAGCAAAACACAGAUAGUGCGCACGGUCUUGGACGAUAGGCUUCAUUUCCUCUCUUCCAUUAUGCAGUGCAUCUUGCAUUUGGUAUUGAUUUUGACCCAUCUACGUCAUACGAUGGAUGAUAAGGCGUACGAAUGAUUAGACGUAAGAGUUUCGCCCAAUACAAACGCACUUUAUUUGCCUUUAGCAGAAAGCCUACCCACACAGCUGGGAGUACAUCUUUUCGAAGUUGUUUAUUUCUAUCAAGAACACACUUCGUACCGGCUGGGUACAAUUGUAACUUCACGUCGUAGCUGCUUUCACUUCAUAAUAUUCACCCGGGACCUUUUUCGGUAGGAUUAAAAUUGCUACCCAGCGCGGGCCUCAAGUUUCAGCGAAGGCCACACACGGCAAGCUGAAACUAGUUUCCCAAAACGCAAAAAAAGGGACGGCUCUUGUUGACCGCCGAAUCACUGUGGCCCGUUCUUGCGGAGGUGCCAUUGAAUGAUCGAACAUGCUUUCGGUUCGGGUCUCCCUUCGUUGCUGUGCCAAAUAUUUCUGCCAACUCACGCAGGUCCGGUGUGUAUGCCGGGUUUCCCAAAGUUGUGAACACGAAAACAAGAUCCGAACUAAAACUCUUAACUUCGUUUAGUUUGGUUUCGCAAAGCGUAUCCACGUGUAUUUUCAGCUCAACGAUACAGUGUUGUGACGGUCUGUAUCUUGGUUUCCGGUCAACAACUGAACGUGUGACUGAAGCUAGACGCUUCUCGCUUUCCGGUAAUUACCAUCUUCCGUUUCGAAAUGGUCAUAUAUUAGUCUAUAUUUAAAUCUUUGCCUGUUAAGCGUGGGCUCGACCAUGGGGUAAAACAGCCAAUUGUUUGCCUUGCCCACAUACCGAUAGUGAGCCUUUUUUGUGUCAGAUUGGUGAUAGUACUUCUCAUCAGGUCUAAUCUUUUCUCCCACAAACACACACAGGAGCUAGGAAAUAGAUAAGUCGGCAGCCGUCACAGCUUCCAGUGGUGAGCUUUUUUUUUUGUUCAGUCGCCAAGAGCCAUUGGCUGAUGUUUGCAAGUAAACAGCACAAACUACCAACCUUCACCGGGGACAGUGGACCGUUACGUACGGGUUCAAGUUCUCGGCAAGUUAGAUCUUCCCCUAUACGGUGUUCGCCCUAUCGCACGUACCGGUGUACGCAAACCUGUCGUGUAGAGAGCAGAUCGCGCGCGCGGUUCGAUCACGCCCGCCAGUCUUGUCCGUGCUGUCUCGUCGGAAGGAUCGUUUUGCGUCGCUUUGCCAGGCCAGGCUCUAGCAUCCGUACAACAAAACAUGAAGCUCGAUUCCGAACGCAUCGAAAGUGGCAUUGUGAAUCCAACCUUUUACCAGGAGCUAUCCGAGGAGCAAACCAACUCGGAAUCAGUGGCACGUGAGGUAGUAGUGCCGCCGAUUGUUACCGUUUCACAUCCACUGUACCAGCAGCACGAGCUAAAUGAUGCCUUUCGGUAUCGGAAACCGAAACGGAUGCUCCAACGGGAGCUGACCGCACAGAUACGGAAGGUGGAUACGAAGACCUGCUGCAACAAUGUCUUCCCACUGACGACCUGGUUACCGGAGUACUCCUGGAGUAAGGAUUUGGUGCGUGACUUAAUUAGUGGCUGUACGGUGGCUGUGAUGCAUAUACCACAGGGCAUCGGUUAUGCGCUGUUGGCCAACGUGCCACCAAUCGUCGGCAUCUAUAUGGCGUUCUUUCCGGUGUUGGUGUACUUUCUGUUCGGUACCUCACGCCAUAAUUCCAUGGGAACGUUUGCCGUGGUGUCUAUAAUGGUCGGUAAAACCGUGCUCGCUUACACCGGCACCAGUGAACCGGGAGAACCGCCACGUACUGCCCUGGACGUAGCAACGGCCGUCUGCUUCGUCGUCGGCAUUAUGCAGCUUAUCAUGUGCAUCUGCCGGCUCGGUGUAAUAUCCUUCCUGCUGUCCGAUACGCUCGUUUCCGGUUUUACUACCGGCGCCGCCAUCCACGUUGUAACGUCCCAGAUCAAGGACCUGCUAGGACUAACGUUACCCUCCGUCGGGAGUAUGUUCGAAAUCGUCAAGACGUACAUCGAAAUCUUCAAGCAGAUUGUGAACGUUAACUGGGCCGCAAUCAUCAUCUCGGCCAUCACAAUUAUCGUGCUGGUGUUUAACAACGAAUUCCUGAAGCCGAAGGUCGCUAAACGUAGUGUCAUUCCGAUACCGAUCGAGUUGAUUGCGGUCAUUGCCGGGACACUGCUGUCACGGUACCUUCAUUUCCAAGAGAAGUACAGCAUCACAACAAUCGGCACCAUCCCUACAGGACUGCCCGCUCCAACAUUGCCAGAUUUCAGCCUGAUGCCUUCGAUACUGCUCGACAGCUUCCCGGUCGCGAUGGUCGGCUACACCGUAUCCGUCUCGAUGGCGCUCAUAUUCGCGAAGAAGGAAAACUACGAGAUCGGUUUCAACCAGGAACUGUUUGCGAUGGGUACCGGCAAUGUGUUCAGUUCCUUUUUCUCCUGCUUCCCAUUUGCGGCUUCCCUAUCGCGUUCCUCCAUCCAGUACUCGGUCGGUGGACGGACGCAGAUCGCAUCCGUUAUUUCUUGCGGUUUGCUAGCGAUCGUACUGCUGUGGGUAGGACCGUUCUUCGAACCACUGCCCCGGUGCGUACUGUCUGGCAUCAUCGUGGUAUCGCUCAAGGGCCUGCUAAUGCAGGUAACGCAGCUUAAAAGCUUCUGGCGCCAGAGCUGGAUCGAUGGAAUGGUGUGGAUACUGACCUUCCUGUCGGUGGUGCUAGUUGCGAUCGAUAUCGGACUGCUGGUGGGAAUUGUGCUGAGCGUUUGUUGCAUUUUCUUCCGGGCACUGAAACCGUACACAUGUCUGCUGGGAAAUGUACCGAAUACUGACAUUUAUCUGGAUGAGAAUCGUUACGAUGGGCUGAUUCAACACGCGGGUGUAAAGAUAUUCCACUACUGCGGUGCACUGAAUUUCGCUUCCCGAGCCGCGUUCAAAACAACGAUCUGCGAAACGCUUGGCAUUAAUCUUACGGAGGAAAUCAAACGACGAAAGGAUCCGGACUGGAAGCCCAGCAUUGAGCAGGGCUGCCGGGUGCUUAUACUGGACUUUACCUCACUAAGCUCGAUUGAUCCGUCCGCCAUCGGAACGUUUAAGGCGAUGGUACGCGAGUUCGAAGUACUCGAUGUUCACAUCGUCCUUGCCGGCUGCCAGCCGCCCGUGUUUGAGGUAAUGCAACGGUGUGGAUUGAUAGGUGAUAUUGAAAAACCGUACUGUCGAAUGUUUACAACCGUCCACGAUGCUGUCCAGUACGCUCGGGAAUAUGUAGGUAGCGGUUCUAUCAGUGGGAGCGUCGUUUCCGGAGCUACCGGGAUUGUUUAGCGUUUCCCACGGGGGGAAGCGAAUCAUAUCUUCUCUACGUGCCAUGUUAUAGGUAAGCGACGGGAUGUAAAUCAUUCCAAUGGUACUUAACGCUGACGGUGUUUACCGGACUACCGGAAUUGGUGGUAUUCGUGCAAGUAUUUUCCUCUAGAAUUAAUUGUUUGUGUGUCGGCUUCAACAACGUUUGUACUUUCUGUGUACAGAAGUAGAAAAUGAAUACGUUCAGCAGGAUAUAGCGAUAAAUGGCAUAAGCUAGCUGAUCUUACCUGUUGCAUGAUGGAUUUUAAUAUAUUGUAUAUUUAUUUUA